GCAGGGCAGAAAAGGCCUUUCCAGGUAAGUGUAAAUCACAAUAAUGGACUUGUCCUUGUGGAGGUGUAUCGUUUCCUCUACGUACAUCCUCCCAACGUAUCCAUCUGCCAAUCAAUCCAACACUCUGCACUGUGUGUUUGAUUUCACAUCACCUACAACAAACCGCAGGUAUAAAAGAGCCGACCUGCUCAGAAUCACCAGAUUUACACCAAAGGCGUCACCCAUCUUGGACUUCAUCUUCACAGACAUGUCAGGGAAAGUUCUCCUGGUUCUUGCGCUGCUGGCUGCACUGCUUGUGUCUGGUGCAGCCUCCUCACCCGAACCCUCUGCAGCUGGAGAAGCGAAGGAGGCGACUAUCCUACAGCGGCUUCUAACCAGGCGGGAGAAGGCGAGAGACACAAAGCCGGCGCCUCAGACUCGUGUGGAGAGGCGGCCACACCUGUCGGAAGAUGAACGCGAGAUUAUGACCAAACAAAUAAUGCAAGCCAUCUCAGAGAUGAUGAACUCUGAAUGCAUGACAGAUCGGGACUACCAGGGCUGGGUGGACUUUGGACGCCGGGAUGCAGACUGAAGCACAACCACAACAACAACAACAGAAGGAAGCAGCUUGGGAGCUCAUACUUACUGCUUUUCAUCCAGUCAGAGGAGGAAAAGUCCAAGUUUUACUUCCCCAGCAAGCUUACAAAUAAAGUAUUUUGCAGAAUUA